GCCUCUGAAAGCGCUUGAAAUAUGGGGCAAAAAACCCUUGAUGCUUCAAGGAAUGAGGCCAGAGGCAUAUGGGGAGGUCCAUCACAAACAAAAUGAAGAUCCUGGAGUACUACAUAUUCCCACAAUUAUUGAUAAUAAUGGUGUGAAUGUAAAUGGCAGUCAGAAGAAAGAUGUCAUGGAAACAAAUGAUGCUCCUAGUUCUUCUGCAACAUAUUCUAUGCCUGUAUCUCAGAAAAACAGUACAGAAGUAAAAAAGUAAGGGUAUAAUUUAUUACUGACAUAUUUGAAAGAAUACUGUUCUAAAUAGUAAUUUCCUUACAUUUCCAAAAAAUAGUUUAAUUUAUAAGCUGUUAUUUGUAGGUUUGUUUGUUUGAUUUUUUAAAAUUCUUUGACAAAACUU